AUGUCAUUGGAACAUUUAGAUACAUAUGCAAAGUUAGUAGAAGACGUUGGGGGAGGAGGCAUGUAUAUGUGUAUAGACGGAAGUGGCUCAAUUAGAGAAUAUUUCGGACGAAUCGAACUUCUUCUAAGCAACUUGAGGUGGAUUUGGUCGAGAUGUCGGCUGCCAUGGACUGGAGUAUGGCUAGAAAAUGGGAAUGAGUUGAACAUCACACACAAUUCGAUUGGAAAUUUGGGAAAUUGCGUGCAGAAAAGCAGGGAUUUGUAUCUUUUGACUAGUGAUACAUCUCGUGGACCAUGCUACCGAUGCUUGAUCACAUUUCCAGUUCAUGAGAAUGUGCUGCAUUAUAAGACCACCCAAUGUAUAUUCGACACUGCAAUGAAUCUGGAGAGGUGCUCCCAAUUAAUGAGUGCGGAUACUUCUAUGCACACACUUUUUAGGAAAGAAGCAAUCCCAGUCCCUUGCCCUAUCGAAGCCCCGAUGAAUUUCACCUAUCAAACCAACCAAGGAAUCUGUAAUAGUCGCACAUCUCACCUCCACCGAUGUGCUCAGUACGACCGACUUGCUCUCCACUACCAAGCUUGUCCAGAGAUCCCAAAUCGAGAAUCUGCAAUAUGGCAAAUGGAAUGCAUUGGGUCAUGGCAGUCGUUUGGUUUGCAUUAUUUUGCAGCUAGAGUUGGUUACAGUGCCGGCGAGCAGUAUAGAUGUUUUAUUCAUGACAAAUCAGGAAGUAGUGGUCGAAUCGGGGAGUCUGCUGACGCAGGCUGUCAGGAACUAACCCAUAUUGGGGCGGCAGCAACAACUCUUCAUUAUCGACAGGAUUCUCCUGUCCACUCUGCUUGUGAAUUCCCUGAAAACAUGUAUGGUGAAAAGGCCCGUAACUGGGAGUCAAUGCUACUUGGAACCUAUCACCGUAUGUAUCACGGAGCAUGGAUUUCAUCAAUAAAAGGAAGAAAUGACACCGUGUGGACUUGUCUUCAACAAUUCCCCACUGACAGCAAUGAGCACUUUACCUAUAGAACUUAUGUGACAAAAGGGUGCAAAGUGGGGUAUCAGUGUGUUAGACUACACAUGCGGAAGCCCCACAUCGUACACGUCGAGUACGGAGAGAUCAGCCCAUCAGAGUCGUUCGCUGACUGCUCCGAAUUUUCAGUCGAAACCCGUGACACCCUCAUCUUACAUGGUUCGAAAGAAGCGUGUCCGAUUGGAGGGAAGCAUUAUUCCAGCUUGUGUCCUGGGCCGAUUCUUCAAGUUGGUUGCUCUUCGAAAUACUCUAUGAAUUUGGUCAGAGACUGCUCGUAUCCUGAAGGAGAUGAGUUAACAUGUGUUGCCAAUUUCAAACACGAAGACAAUGACUUCAUUAUUGCCAGAGAUAGUUUGUCGAGGCAGUUAUUUUGCAUGACAUAUGUAUCGGACCGUAUUAAUCUUCUCCGUGUUUACGACCGCGUCUCCUGUGAAGAAGUCUCUGUAAACAGUGCUACCCCAUACCUUUCUCUCAAUUUCUCGUCUUCUGAUAGUUGCUCCCCGUCGCUUCUCACCGGUUUUCUGUAUUCUGCCACCAGUGACGUGGCAUCUCCACAUCAUCUCAUGCUUCUCAUUCUGACUUUUAUCUGGAAUUUUCUAUGA